GUUACUUAACAAAGAAGUGCAAAUCAUAAAUGAUCUUCUCGAGUCUCAUAAAGAAGAAUGGGAAAAUUAUGGAUGUACAUUGAUGUGUGAUGGAUGGAUUGAUAGAAAAGAGAGAACCUUGAUUAAUUUCUUGGCUAAUAGUCCAAAGGGAAGUGUAUUUAUUAAAUCAGUUGAUGCAAGUGAUGAAUCAAAGACAGCGGCAUUGUUGGCUAGUUUGAUUGAGAAAGAAUUCAUAGAAAUUGGUCCCGAAAAAGUGGUUCAAGUUGUUACAGAUAAUGCAUCAAAUAAUGUUGCAGCAGAUAGAAUAUUGGAAGCAAAUUUUCCUCAUCUAUAUUGGACUCCAUGUGCAGCCCAUUGUAUAGAUUUGAUGUUGGAGGAUAUCUUUAAGAUCCGUGUUUUCAAAGAAACAUUCCGCAAAGCUGUUGAGCUUACUGGUUUCAUAUAUGGCUCUUCAGGAGUUCUAAAUAUGUUGCGGAAGUUUACUAAUGGAGUAGAAUUGCUAAGGCCAGGGCAAACUAGAUUUGCUACUGCUUUUAUUACACUAGGAAAGAUUCAUCUUCAGAAAGCCAACAUUAGAAAAAUGUUUACUUCGGAAAGUUGGACAACUAGUAAAUGGGCUAAAGAGGUGAAAGGCAAAAAGUGUGAAAGGACGAUUUUGAGUCCUGCCUUCUGGAAUCAUGCUGUUUAUGCUCUUAAGGUUUCCGGUCCUCUUGUUCGUGUGCUUCGACUUGUUGAUAAUGAAAAAAAAAUCAGCUAUGGGAUAUAUUUAUGAA